AUUACAUUGCCAUCCAUUGCAGAUUAUUUUUGUUUACAGAGUAAAACCUGCGAUACUUCUAUUUAUCAGCUAUUUUUUGUAUCAAUCUUAAAAAUGUCAGGACAAUAUCCAAGUGGUUACAAUAGCCCACUUGGGGGUCACCGUGGUCAAUUUAAUCCUCAGCAGCAACAACAAUCUCCACAAAUGAUAAAUACAAUGAACCAAAUGGGCGGCGGUGGAAUGGGGCAGAAUGCAAUGGUUGGCGGUGGAGCUGGAGCACAAAUAGGUGUUGGUAGCGGCGGAAUGAUGCCAAUGGGGGGAUAUCAUCCACAACAACAACAACAGUUACAAAGUGGUAUGAGCAUGAGUGGACCGGGAAAUCUUAUGAAUACGCCAAUGCAAAUGCAGCAGCAGCAGCAACAACAACAAAUGCAACAGCAUGUGCAAAUGGUACAAGGUGGUGGUGGAGGUAGUGGUCCGGUAGGUGUCGGCAUGAUGGGUGUUGGAAGCGUUGGGCAGGGAAUCGGUGUUGGCGCUACAGGGAAUAUAAUGCAACAUCCUCAACAACAACACAUUCCCACAGGUAUGCCAAUGAAUGUACAACAGCAGCAACAGCAACAACAACAAGGACAGAUGCCACAUGGCAAUGCAGCAGGAAUGAUGCAUACACAACAACCUGCGCCACCAACGACAUCUGCAACGGGGAGUAAUAUGUUGGCAAUAUCACAACCAAAUCCACAUAAAGAAAUAAAUAUUGUGUCCCUAUCUCGCUUGGGCCAAGAAACCGUCCAAGAUAUUACUUCACGUUUUCAAGAGAUAUUUACUGCGCUUAAAGUAAUUCAGCCAACAGGAAAUCGAGAUAACAGUACAGAAAAAAAGGUGCAGGAAUAUUUUCGAACUAUACGGCUAUUAUUUAAGCGCGUACGUAUAAUAUACGAAAAAUGUAAUGAUGGUUAUCCACAUGGCAUGGAUUAUACAAACGUCGAGAGCUUGAUAACUUAUAAAGAGGAGCAACCCGACCACCGUAACGAACCUUCACAAUGUGAUGAAUAUCGAAAAGCGUUGCAGGAGAACCAGGAACUUAUUGAGACAGUUAGAUUGAAAAAUCGACAAUUACGCGAAGUAAUUGAUCGCACUCGCAUAAUUAUUUGGGAAAUCAACACUAUGUUAGCAAUGAGACGUUCUUAGUAGUAAUGCUUAUUUAUUAUAAAUUUAUUAAAGAAAAAAAUCAAAACAUUUAAAUUUAUUACAACAUAA